AUGGUGGUUAUUGUUCUUCUUCCUCGUUGCACUCUUUCUACUACUUCUACAUAUUCUCGUCCCGAGAAGUUGUACGUCAACUGUGGGUCGGAUUCUAAUGUCACUUACGGUAACCGGACUUUUGUCGGAGAUAUGAUCUCUGGUGGUAACUCCGUUUCAUUCACCAAGAAAGGAACUGAAGCCAUCAACCAAUCAGGAUCAGGAAUCUACGAAAUGGUUAGGAUAUUCACAAGCCCUUCUUCUUACAAGUUCCAACUCGAUUCCGUUGGUCUGCACUUCGUGCGUCUCCAUUUCUCUGCUGUCUCUUCUCGGACACAGCUUUUAGCUGCUCGUUUCACAAUCUCAGCUACUUCUCACUUGAAAAGUUUCUCGCUUCAGAAUUUCAAUGAGACCCCACGAGUUGAGGAGUUUCUCCUGAUGAUUGACUCGCCGGAAUUCGAAAUUCGAUUUGUGCCCGAUCAUUCAUCCAUGGCUUUCGUCAACGCCAUCGAAGUGUUCUCUGCUCCAGAUGACCUAGAAAUUCCGUCAGACUCCGACAAGAAUCUGCAUACGGUUUACAGAUUAAACGUAGGAGGCAAGAAGAUCACACCAGAAAACGACACCUUGGGAAGAACUUGGUCAUUAGACGAUGACUUCCUCUACGAAAAAGAUUCUGCGAGGAACAUUAACUCAACACAAAAGCCUAACUAUGAGUCAGGAACAGUGACGCAAUUCACUGCUCCUGAUUUCGUCUAUCAGACAGCUAAAACGAUGAACCAUAGCUCGAACGAGGGGGUGGUAGAGGGAAUGUUGAUGAACGUCACUUGGUCAUUUAAGGUCAAAAGCAGCUCAAGACACUUCAUCAGGGUUCACUUCUGUGAUAUCAAGAGUGAAUCACAAAAUCCCGACUCCGAUUUCUAUCUCUAUGUAAACGGACAAUCACGACUAGAUGUAAAGCCUUCAGAGCGUUGGAUUGCUAAACCCUUGUCAGACACCAUGUUAUUCCAAAGAUUUUCCUCGGAUACCUCAGUCUCUUCGCCUUAA